GCAUCAUCCAGUACGGCCUUCAAGACGUUUUCUCUAAUCAAUAACAUUCUGGACCUCUCUCCUCAAGACGAGAUCUAUCGCUUUGAUCCUGAGGAGAACAGGAAGAUCCUUCGCGAUCAACCAUGGAUUCGUGAGUGCGUGUACACUGCCUUGUGGUCCUUAGCUCAAUGGACAUGA